GUGAAGAGCGGGCGGCGGUGAUGCCGAUGUCGAUGUUGAUGGCGGCAGCACCAGCGGCGGCAGCACCAGCACCGGCGGCAGUGACGGGCCGGUCUGUGGCCGCUCGCAGCUGAGACGGAGAGCGAGCACCCCCUGUCCCACCGCCAGCCUGUCCGCGUCCAACCGCCUGUUGCGGGGGAGCCGGGGAAGGAGCGACUGUCCGCCCUCUCCAGCCAGCCCGAGUGAUGGGGGACACGGAGAAGUUCUGUUACGUUUACAGCUGCGACCUGGACAUCAACGUCCAGUUGAAGAUUGGAAGUUUGGAAGGAAAACGGGAGCAAAAAAGCUAUAAAGCUCUUCUGGAGGAUCCAUUGCUUAAAUUCUCAGGCUUGUACCAGGAAACCUGUUCAGAUCUGUACGUAACAGGCCAGGUAUUUGCAGAAGGAAAACCACUGGCUCUUCCUGUUCGUACUUCUUACAAAGCUUUCAGUACUCGAUGGAACUGGAACGAAUGGUUAAAGUUGCCUGUAAAAUAUCCAGAUUUACCACGGAAUGCUCAAGUAGCUCUCACAAUUUGGGAUGUAUAUGGACCUGGGAAAGCUGUCCCUAUUGGAGGAACCACUGUUACACUUUUUGGAAAAUAUGGCAUGUUCCGACAGGGUAUGCAUGACUUGAAAGUUUGGCCAAAUGUAGAAGCAGAUGGAUCGGAACCCACAAAAACAGCGGGCAGGACUACGAGCAAUGUAUCUGAAGAUCAGAUGAGUCGCUUAGCAAAGCUUACCAAAGCACAUCGUCAAGGUCACAUGGUGAAGGUUGAUUGGUUGGACCGGCUUACUUUUCGAGAGAUAGAGAUGAUAAAUGAGAGUGAAAAGAGAAGCUCUAAUUUUAUGUAUCUCAUGGUUGAAUUUCCACGUGUUAAAUCUGAAGACAAAGAAUACGGUAUUGUUUAUUAUGAGAAGGAUGGUGAUGAAUCAUCUGCAAAUUUAACAAGUUCUGAUAUUGUCAAAGUGCCAGAUCCUCAAAUGUCAAUGGAAAAUUUAGUAGAAAGUAAGCAUCAUAAACUUGCUCGAAGCUUAAGAAGUGGACCUUCUGAUCAUGAUCUGAAGCCAAAUGCUGCUACACGCGAUCAACUUAAUAUUAUUUUAAAUUAUCCUCCUACUAAAUUGUUGUCGUCUGAAGAACAAGAUCUCGUUUGGAAAUUUAGGUACUAUCUCACCAAUCAAGAGAAGGCUUUGACUAAAUUUUUGAAGUGUGUAAACUGGGACUUGGCUCAAGAAGCGAAGCAAGCCCUGGAAUUGCUAGGAAAGUGGAAGCCAAUGGAUGUGGAGGAUGGUCUUGAGUUGCUUUCCUCGCAAUUUACGAAUCCAACUGUAAGGCGAUAUGCUGUUGCUCGGUUGCAACAAGCUGAUGAUGAGGAUUUGCUCAUGUACUUGCUUCAGCUUGUUCAGGCUCUCAAAUAUGAAAACUUCAACGAUAUAAAAGUUGGAUUAGAACCAAACCGAAUAGGUAGCAGUCAAACUGCCAUGUCAGAAAGUAUGUCAGGUUCAUUAGCAGGGACUUCAGAAAUGGAGAGCUCUCAAAUAAUCAGCAGUCAAUUUCCACCAGUGUCAUCACCUCCUCCAGCUUCUAAGGCAAAAGAUGCAACAGAUGGAGAAAACCUAGAGCAAGACCUUUGUACAUUUCUAAUAUCACGAGCUUGUAGGAAUUCUACUCUGGCUAACUAUUUAUACUGGUAUGUUAUCGUAGAAUGUGAAGAUCAGGACACUCAACUGCGUGACCCUAAAACUCACGAAAUGUAUUUAAACGUGAUGAGGAGAUUUAGUCAAGCUUUGUUAAAGGGUGAUAAGAAUGUGAGAGUCAUGCGCUCCCUCUUAGCUGCUCAACAAACAUUUGUGGAUCGUCUAGUGCACCUUAUGAAAGCAGUUCAACGAGAAAGUGGAAAUCGGAAGAAAAAGAUUGAAAGGCUACAAACAUUGUUAGCAGAUAAUGAAAAAGUGAAUUUAUCAGAGAUUGAACCAAUACCUUUACCUUUAGAGCCACAAGUUAAAAUCAGGGGUAUAAUCCCAGAAAAAGCAACUCUGUUUAAGAGUGCAUUAAUGCCAGCCAAGUUGAUCUUUAAGACUGAAGAUGGAGGCAAAUAUCCUGUUAUAUUCAAGCAUGGCGAUGAUCUCCGUCAGGAUCAACUUAUCCUGCAAAUUAUUUCACUUAUGGACAAGGUAGGAAACGAACCAGAUAUCAUGUGCCAGCAGCAAAAAUAUUUAAACUCUUCUUCAGGGUUCAUGCAGUUUAUUCAAUCUGUGCCUGUUGCUGAAGUGUUGGCUACAGAAGGAAGUAUACAGAACUUUUUCAGAAAACAUGCCCCAAGUGAAAAAGGUCCUUCUGGUAUCAGUGCUGAAGUAAUGGACACUUAUGUGAAAAGCUGUGCUGGAUAUUGUGUGAUUACAUACAUACUUGGAGUUGGAGAUCGGCAUUUGGAUAACCUUCUAUUAACAAGGACAGGGAAAUUGUUUCACAUAGAUUUUGGAUAUAUUUUGGGCCGUGACCCUAAGCCUCUUCCACCCCCUAUGAAGCUGAGUAAGGAAAUGGUGGAAGGGAUGGGUGGAAUGCAGAGUGAACAGUACCAAGAAUUCCGAAAGCAGUGUUACACUGCAUUCCUGCACUUGAGAAGAUACUCUAAUCUUAUUCUGAAUCUUUUCUCACUGAUGGUGGAUGCCAACAUUCCAGAUAUUGCUCUGGAGCCCGAUAAGACGGUGAAAAAGGUACAGGACAAAUUCCGCCUGGAUCUGUCUGAUGAAGAGGCAGUUCAUUACAUGCAAAGCUUGAUCGAUGAAAGUGUGGGUGCCUUAUUUGCUGCAGUGGUGGAACAAAUACACAAAUUUGCUCAGUACUGGAGAAGAUAGAUUCCAUCUGGGAGGCUGAGCGGGUCAUAAUCUUUGAAGAGGAAUCUCAUCUGUAGAAAAAUUUGAUCUUUAUUGCAUUAGAGCAAAUUAAAGCGCAAUACCUUUUGUAAAAUAAUUUAACUCUUCGCAAAAUAUUUUGAGUGACUAUAUAUUCAUAGUCCUAAUGAUUUCUGAGGCCAAUAUGAGAGAAGAUUAAAUUAAUAUGUUCUGCAGCAAGCCAGAGAAAACGUUUGCAAAGUUAUUUUCUUAUGAUCUCAGAAGUGUAUUCCAGACAUGCAGUGCUGUAUAUUGUAGCAAAUAUGUAGCUUUGUGACAUUUGCCAUUCAAUUACAGUGAAAAUACCAAAAAAUAAUGUUUUCUGCAGGUGAAUGGUCAUCAUGAAUAUAUUGUAAAAUGCAUCCACUAAUUUACUGCCUCAAAAUGUAUCUUUCAAAUUUGGUACAGUUUUACAUAAUAAAUUAUCAACAUCUGUUAAAGAGCUUUGUUUUAAAUGCAUGCUUCUAUGAUACAGUCAAAUAAAAAUAAAUAUUGAAUGCCAA